AUGGUACACAAAGUCCCAGUCGUAAUCUACUCAGCUCCAGAACCCUACCCACCACCAAAAGUAGAACUGGACGGAUACGGACGUCCCUACACCUACGACGAGGAACCCGAAGCGACAAGCAAACCCACACGCCUGACCGACGAAGUCCGAGCAAGGAUUGGUACAGCACCGCCGGGAUAUGAAUGGAAAGUCGAACCUUGGGAGCCAGCACCAGACGAUCCCGAAUUCGAGAACCCUAUUAUCAAGUAUCGAGUCCGAGCAAGACGUUGUUCGCAAUUGCCAGACAAAAAGUCCCAAAGCUUGCAGCUUGAGAAAUCUUCCUUCGAUGGAUUCGAACCGAAACGCAUAGUAGCGAGAGUCGGCCAGCAGAUACGACUUCAAUAUUGGCAGAUUUCAAAGUUGGAAAAGCAUACCUCGCAAAACAACCUUCCAGAUUUCAUGGAACUCGAAGGACUUGGUCACGAUUUGAAGGAGAGGCAUUCUUUCAACGCUGUGGAUCUUCCCUUUGGAUUGCGAUUUCUAAGUACCCUUUCUCCAUUGCCCUUGGAACGGAAGAUUUGCAACGAUUACAAAGAUAAGCAGAAAGAGCCUGAUAUACGCUGUACCAUGGGAAAGAGAGAAAUCGGCACCAUUCGUUCGGCAAAGGGUGGAUCUUGCUAUGUACUCUGCGUUGCCGAACGGGAAACCUCCCUGGUCCAAACAAAGGAGUCUGGAAGGUCAAAGUUGUGGCGCUUCUUUCCAACCAGUAUAGGAGAUACUCCCGGUCCAUGGCAAUGGGAGUACAUGUCUCAUGAAUGGAGCCUCAAGGACUCGCUGGGGGAUACUGCCAAGCGACUCGCGAGAUUCGACAGCUUCUCCCUUACGUUUGAGCAUGGCUCCAAUCUGAGCGAUGCCACGCGCGAAGAAGUUCUGCUCUCUGUGAUUGCCAUUUUCGAUUGGAUAGCGCAAUUUCGGAAAGAGGCUGAGAGGCUUGAAGCGGAACGACAAGAGAGAGCUGAGAUGCAUGCUGAGGCUGUUGAAAGGGGAUGGGGAAACGGCCUGAUGAUGGGGGGUAUGAUCUAG